AUGAAGGGGACGGCGGCCUGCAAUACCACCCGAGACUACAUCAAGUCGGCCGUGUUCAUGGCCAAUACCGCCAUUACUCUCGCCACCUUCGCUGUAGGAUACGCAGGCGAGGUCAAUCUACACGAACUGUUCUGACGACGACGACUGCACCCCGGAGGACUGGCUGUUCGUGAUCAAGCUUGGCUGCCUCUCGGCGGUCCUGCUCGUGAACUUUUUCGUCCUGACGCAGUGCACUCGCUUCGCUGUGCACUUCAGCUUUUGCAUCAAUACCAGGGGCAAAGAUCGAAGGCGUGCCAAUGUCUCACGCAAUGUUGGUCAACGUAUUCGAGCACUCCCACAAGUACUUCAGCCUGGGCAUCCGGCUGUACUUCGGAACUAUUCCAGGGGGCUUGGAGGAAGGGCCAUCCGACAAAAACCUUUAAAUCAGUCAGUUUAUCGUUAAAGUAUGUUUUUAGCAUCUGCUGUUGCGGUGGAGUUUCCGAUUGCCACAGAGACAAGGUCGUGACAAGGUGUACGUGGUUAGGUUUAGUUCGAAUUUUGUGUCGCUGUUUGUUGGAGAGCCUCCUUUUAUCUUUUCGUACAUCAAACGCCGCGGAAUGGUUUGUUGGAGAGCCUCUUUUUUCUUGUUUCGUACAUGAAACGACGCGGAUUGAAGUGUGCGGGGGUGGGUGGUGUGGGUAGUUUUGGAGAAGUCGUCCGUGAGGGUUCUCUUGCCCUCGACUAUGACAUGAGUCGGUAAAUGAAUGGUCCAUGUGUUGUAUUGUAGGUAUUAUAUUGUGUUGUAUUUUAGCGACUUGUUUUCUUACAACCGCCCCUGUCAAGCAGGCUUGUUGUCGAAAGAAGCGGCAUGGUGGGUGGGGUAUCAUGCCCCUUGUUUAUUUUGAGCCACACCCGACAAUACAGUCAAGCUUGAGGGGUGUUGCUUGAACUGUGUAACGAAGUAUAUUGUUCAACGAGACUGCCGUUCAGCACAAACCAGUACACGGUGAUGGAAAGUUGUCGUCGUUGUUGUUUUGACCAAGAGUUAUUGUCUCGUCGCGUUCAGGAAGCGACGUCUUGUUGUAUCGUCGGUGGCAUGUUGGGCGUUUUCAAAGAAGGCAUUGGGGGCAAGUAGGCCUCAACACAGUCUUGGUUUAAAUCCCACACGUCAACUUCCCCUAGAUAUGUGCACGCAAAGGAUGGAUUGCUUGUGUUGCUCCUUGAUCCACGUUCCAUGGUAUGUGUUUUUGUAAGGAAUUCCGAAGGACCCUCCUGGAACCUGUACCGAAAAGGUUUAACCCGGACCGUAGUGUUACAGUAUCUUAUUGCUUACUGUAUGUUUCCGUUUCCACGCCGAAGUGAACGUACAAACUCGUGUUCAGUUUUGCGUGUUUUGUUGUAUUUGGGGUGCCCUAUUGGGUCAGUUGUUUGGUGCAAAAUCUUGGAGAUGGAAAGUGGACGCCCUCCGCUGUUCCGGAUUGUUGGCACAUCGGCGGGUCUGGUUGUGCAUGCAUGCGAGUGAGGCCUAUCCAAACGACGUGGGACAUGUAUCAUUAAAUCGCCAAUGACGAAACGGACCAAAUUUA